UAAAAAUUUGGUGGGCUGAGUGUCAUUGGGCAGAGAAGGGCAAUGGGGGUAACUAUGAUCAGUGCUUUUGAAUUUGAAUUUGGCUCAUCUUUUGGUCUCAGUUUCAAACUUUUAUCCUCGUUCCUCGCUUUCAAAUUCAAUUUUGCAUACCUGAGUUUCCUUUAGGUUUUCCAAGAUGUUUUUUGUAAAGCAUUUAUCUUUUCCCUCCCCCUUCUGAGUUUAUUAUAUUUGGGUCUCCCCCCUCUUCCCCUUGUCCCUGUUUUUUUUUUUUUUUUCUCCGGCGCGUCGGCGGUUUUGUUUUGGUGGUUUUCGGCUAGUUUGGUGGGGGUGGUUUUUUGCUGUUGUCUUGUGUGCGUUGGCUGUGGUGUUGCCCGGCUUUGUGGGUGUCAUUUCGGGGUCGCUGUGGUUUGUUUUCCGGUGCCUUGUGGUUGGUUUUUUGGGGACUUUCGAUGGCUUCAUUUGUUGGGUAGAAAAAGGUUGAUGCUUGUACCAACUAUCGUGCUAUUGGGUCAGUGAGAGGAAUAGAUGCUCUGUCAUCACUAAGUUCUUUUGUUAAGGUUUCUAUUUUCUCUGCACUUGUGUUUUCUGUGUUUGCCAAAUGGAGAUUAUAAAACCUUAAACGAGUCCGCAAAAGUUGUGUUGGAUUUUGAGAGAAAGAUGGCUGAAGAACGAUUUACCGAGCUCCGCAGUCGAAUGGCGCAGAUUCAGAAGCUUUGCGACGUUGACCACGAUUUCAACCCUUUGGAAUUGGAUACCCCCAACCGCUGCGCUCUUCAUCUUGAGAAUACACUGCAGCACAUUGUAUCCGACUUCCCUUCCUUCGAAAUUCAAGAUGCUUACAUACACCAUUUGCAAGAGGAGCUUCACACGGUCCACCUUCAAUCUGCCCAAAUGGCUGACCAGAUUGGCCUUCUUACCAAAACUCACAACGAUGAUUCUGCCAUAUUGGAGGCCAAACUUGAAGAAUUGGAUUUUUCUUUACAUUAUAUUCAGUCAAAGGAUCAGAAGAACAUAUCUGAGGCUACUGAAGGCAUUGAUGCCCCAAUUCUAAGAGAUGAUUAUUCAAAUUUGGCUGCUGAAAAUGUAGACAAAAAUUUAGAGCUAUUUGAACUUGAGAAUAAGAUUGAUGAAAUGAAGUUGAUUCUAAAGUCUCUGCAGGAUCUUCAGUUCACAGUGAAGUGGUUUGAAGUUGUAGAGCAGAUUGAGGAUGCGCUCACGGGUCUGAAAGUGCUUGCAUUUGAUGAGAAUUGCAUUAGGUUGUCAUUGCACACUUAUAUGCCAUCAUUUGAGGACAUUUUUUAUCAGCUGAGUGUUCAAGAAGAUACCAUUGAUGCAGCUGAGCUGAAUCAUGAGUUGUUAAUUGAAGUUUUUGAAGGGACUAUGAAGUUAAAGAAUGUCCAGGUUUUUCCAAAUGAUAUAUAUUUGAGCGACAUUGUUGAUUAUGCAAAGUCUGUCAGCAAGUUCUCGUUGCAGUGGUUUAUGCAGAAAGUUCAAGAUAGAAUUAUACUAAGCACACUUAGGAGUCUUGUAAUAAAGGAUGCUAAUAAAUUGAGAUAUUCACUUGAAUACUUGGACAAAGAUGAGACUAUUGUGGCUCAUAUAGCAGGAGGAACUGAUGCGUACAUAAAGUUGUCGCAUGGCUGGCCCAUACUUGGUUCUCCAUUGAAGCUGAUAUGCAUAAAGGGAUCAGAUGAUUUGAAGAGAGCUUCUCUGAGUUUUCAUUGCAAAGUUGAGAAGUUAGUCAAUUCUUUGGAUACUCAUGUUCGGCAAAAUAUAUCAAGCUUCGUGGAUGCUGUUGAAAAAGUAGUCAUAGAACAGCUGCAGCUUGAUCAUACUUCAGGCUAAGGAUAAUCAGUUCAUCAUCUAUCAUACUAAUUGUAUAUACCUCCACAACUAGAACCUUUGUUUGAGGUUGAAAUGCUGCAUCACGUGAUGAAACUUGUUUUCCAUUUAAUGAAACAAAAUGUUAAAAUGUCU